GAACCCUGGGAGCUCCCGCCCGUACUUAAGAUGGCGGCUCUGGGUGGGCGCGGCUAGUCACUGGGAGAAUACAAACAGGUUGCAGCACCAUGGCGGCCGGGGAGAAGCGGAUUUGGGAGGACGACGACGAGGAGGAAGAGGAGGAGCAGUUGGUUCUGGUCGAGUUUUCAGGAAUUAUUGAUUCAGACUUUCUCUCAAAAUGUGAAAAUAAAUGCAAGAUUUUGGGAAUUGACACCGAGAGGCCAAUUCUGCAAGUGGAUAACUAUGUUUUUGCUGGAGAAUAUGAAGAUACUCUUGGGACUUGUGUUAUAUUUGAAGAAAACGUUGAACAUGUGGAUGCAGAAGGCAAUAAUAAAACAGUGUUAAAAUAUAAAUGCCAUACAAUGAAGAAGCUCAGCAUGACAAGAACUCUUCUUUCAGAAAAGAAGGAAGGAGAAGAAAACAUAGGUGGAGUGGAAUGGUUGCAAAUCAAGGAUAACGAUUUCUCCUACAGACCCAACAUGAUGUGUAGCUUUCUACAUGAAAAUGAAGAUGAAGCUGCAGCUUCAUCCUCUAAUAAACCUUCGGAGUUGGAAGAACAAGAGAUUCAGACGAAAGACGGUUCAGACUUGAGCUAUGAACAGGAAAAACCUUCACAUUUACAAAGAGAGGGUUCUGGUGCUAUUGUCCAUAUUCCUUCUGCUGAGACAGAAGAUUCUGUUUUUAUGGAAACUCAAACUGCUGGUUUGGAUAUCACUCCUAGUUGAAUGUUUCUUUAAACAAUAAACUUGUUACAGUUUUUAUAUAAAAUAAUCAGCUAUGUA